CAGUGAGACUAUUUCUGCUUUUCAGUCUGUCUCCCUGAGAACAGAAAAUUGACAGGAGCUGGCAAACUCACCGUGUAGGGGAGAAGGGGAGGACGGAAGAUGGCAACUUAUUUGCAAUAGUUUUUAAAAAUAUACUGCAGCAGUGAGCAGAGGGAAAGGCAAAAGGCUAGUUAAGAAAAGAGCUGCAUUUUGUGAAAUUAAUUGCACGUAAGUUUGCAUUGAUUUCUGUACAGUGUGAGAUGGACCUGCUCAAACAGCCUUGGUGUAAUUGUGUCUGUCAUAUGCGAGGACAGUAAGGGAGAGGGGAGGGCUGCAUUUUCUCCCAGAGGAUAAAGGAACCUCAUCGAGAAACCUCCCAGAGAAUUCCAUUCCUUCGGAGGAAGGGGCAGGCAGAGGAGGGGCUCGGAGAAAGGAAACAAAAUCACACUCUGCCUCGCUUUCUGCAUCCCGACCAUGAGCUUGAGACAAUCUCUCCUUUGUGCACUGGUUUUUUAUGUAGGUAUGUUAAGCUCUGCGCUUUCAAUGGCUGGAGAGGCAGCCACUGGUCUACUCACAGCUGCUCCCGGGAAGGAGCCCACCAUUGUGUCUUAUCUCUCGGACCUCACAUCAGCAGAAGCAGAAACAGUGGCAUCGUGGACCGAAGAUGACAGGGCAGGUGGAUCGGUGGCUGAAAUAUCACCAGCCGGGGAAGGCUUUCGGGACGAAUUGAGCAGCUCACCAUCUGCUCCAUCCUGGAAUGCUGGAGUCACUGAACAGCCAAGCCUCUCCUCAGACUCCAGUUCCCCUGACCCUCUGCCCAUCGCUGGAGCUGGUGAAUUGGAUGAAAUCGGUGCAUUUGUUUCCUUGCCGCAGGCCUGGGUAUCCCCAGGCACCAGGUCCACACCAUCAGGCCACACAGGGAAGCAGGCAGUUCCCUCCAGCUUACCAACUGGUGUCCGGUUCACUCGACCUGGCUUGGCAGCAGACAGCCCAGACAGGGAUUCCCAAGAUGCUUUAGGUGAUAGCGUCCCGACGAAGGAAUCUGACCAACAGGAUAGCACGGAUGCUCCAUCGUCUGGAACGAGCGCACCAGACCUGCCGGCCACUGCCUCGGAUUUUCCAACAACCGUUCCUGCCACCCAGCCCUUGCUGCCGUCGCCCCAGCUCCCGCCCAGCAGUACGGUCCUCGGCGGAUUGGUUGCCACAGACACUGGCGGGGAGGGGCCAGGUUUCAUCGGGAUGAAUCCUGAGCACCCACCUUGGCUGGAAGGUCCAUCAACGCGGCCAGGGUCCGCUUCCAAGGAUGCCACUGGUACCAGAACCACUACAGCCGAGGAGGAACCCCAGGGGCCCAAACAGCAGGUUACUUGCAGAGACUGGAGCAAAUUAGCUGGAAAGAAUUACGUUAUUCUCAACAUGACUGAAAACACUGAAUGUGAAGUGUUUCGGACUCGGGAAGGAUUAAAGCUGCUGAAGCUGGUGGCACAGUCAUUCUCCAGGAAACUGAGCACCCCUGCUGACUCGUGGCUGAUAUCGCUGAGCAAACCCAGUGAGGACGAGAAACACCUCCUGAUGAUGCUGGCCAGUGAUCGAGGUACAAUACCGGCAAAGGAGGUCCUCAUGAUGUUGGGAGAAGUGAAGGAAAACCUGAAAGAGAUUGGGAUCCACAACAUCACAUCUGCUGCAGGUUGCCAAGGGAGACCCAGCCAUCCCCGUGGAGAUUAUGGAAAACUCUUUGUUGUGCUCGUUAUCAUUGGCUCAAUCUGCGCAGUGAUCAUUGUCUCGGGCCUUGUCUACAUCUGCUGGCAACGAAGACUUCCAAAGUUAAAGAACAUGUCUCAUGGCGAGGAACUCCAUUUUGUUGAGAAUGGUUGCCACGACAACCCGACCUUGGACAUAACCAUAGACAGCACAUCAGAGAUGCAGGAGAAGAAGCCCAGUGUGAAUGGCGAUGCAGUGGAAUGUUCUGGAGGCUGGAGCACGCUCAUCACAAAAGGGUCAAAAGAUGAGCCAGAUAGUUUUGAAGAAGACACCCACCUUUAGGAGCCUUCACCAUUUGCAAUUUAGUAUAGAGGAUAUAUUUUGUUUUGAUGGACCCCUGUACUUUGCACAGAGGCAUCAUUGCUUCACAAGAACCGAUCCACUGCUGCAUCCUAAUGCUACAAUAUCCCUUCACUCUGUCACGCCACUAGUCUCCGGUUCAACAAAAAGAAAAGCACUGAGCCAGUGGAAUUUGUUUGGUGCAUAUCUCGAGCGGAACCAUCUUAAAUUGAAAGUGGCCAAUCAUUUCUACAUGGGAAAAGCAGAGUAUUUCACAGAUAUCACUUAUUCCUUUCCGUGCCCCAUAUUUGAGUCCAAUCCAUUGAUUAUAUAUAGAGCUUGUAAGCAUAUUAUUAUGCCUGUUCCUUCCUAGAGCACAGUGCAGAAUCACUGACUGCAUUUAGCACAGGGUUUAUAAAAAGCCUACAGGAAUGGCUGGAACAAUUAACGUCGGGAAUCAGUGUUAAGGCUGAGGGCACAUUACUAAGGUUGAGGUUAAAGUACAUUGUCCUGGAUUUUGUCAUUGUAAUGCGUCAAAGUGAAUGGCCUACCGCUGGCAUGACAGUUGGGAAGCUUUGGUCAUUUUCGGCUAGUGUUUAAAGAGGUUUAGUCUGUUCCUGGGCGGAGUGGAAGAGUUUGAGGUUUACCGUGCACCGGAGAAUAGGAAAUUUUCCAACUCUCCAUCCUCCUCCUUGGCAAAGCACAAUGUUCACCACAGAAGAACAACAAAACAGGUGUGCUGUCGUAGUAGCAACUUAUUUGGAAGGCAGUAUGAGAUGACUGAAUGUGAGUUCAUUGUCCCUCCUUAUUGCCUUUUAACACAGGUAGCCUAAUGACAAGAUUUACAGCAAUGAUGUCAUAGAAUACGCAUAAAAACUAGUAAGCAGCAACUAGUGGUCUCAAAAACAGCCUUAGUUUCUGAAGUCCAUUAAACUUCAGCUUUUAUGAUGUAAGUACCUGUCUUAGGUCAUUGGAAUUCUGAAUAUGGCUGACUUAGCCUGAAACUACAAAUGGUAUGAUAGAUGGAGCCACAGUGCAAGGCACAUUAGAAUGUCUGGAUCUGUGCUUACAUGCACCAGCUUACUUUCACCCCAAACUAGGAUGUAUCAUUCUUAGUCAUUGUUACUAUAGAACUUGAAUACAGCUGCAAAAAGACUUGUUUUGUCAAAGCUUGUCACCUUGCCUUUGUCAGGACAACGUACAUGAAAUACUAAAAUGAAUGGAAAGUAGUAUUUGUACUGUAUGAGAGGCGAGUGCUGAUUGGAUGGCAAGUGGAUUUCUGGUGACAGUGGAUGACAGCCAUUCCCUGGCCCAUUUCUCAAGGCAAUGCCUUGACCAGUCAGAGUUAAUCUGCCUUGUUUAAAAUUUAAAUAAAGCUUGACAGUUAAUUGUCAGCAAGAUUAAUUGGUGUGUACAGCAUGGCAAUGCCUGUAUCUAUCAAAGUCCACUCACAACCGAGUUAACACUCUCACAUAGUAUCCAUUCCGUUCUGAGGCAGACAGUUUCAAAGCCACACAAACCUUUGACAGAAAAAGUUGUCUUCUCAUCUUUGUCCUAAAAGGGUGAUGACUAAUUUUAAAAUACAGCCCACAACAGGAAACAUCCCUUCCUUGCCCACCUUGUCAAGACGAUUCAGCACCUUAUACACUUCAAUCAAAUCCUUCCUCCCUGUUCUAAACUCCAAUGGAAACAAACCCAGUCUGUCCAAUCCUUCCUCAUCAGACAUUAUAGUUAUCAGGCUACUAGAUCUUCUCUGAAUCACCUACAAUGCAUUUACAUCCGUCUUUAAAUAAGGAGCCCAAAACUGCACAUUGUAUUUAAGAUGUGGUCUCACCAAUGCCCGUAUAACUGAAGCAUAACAUCCUUACUUUUAUCUUCAAUUCCUCUAGUUUAAAGAGUAGCAUCAUGUUAGCCUUCUUGAUUAUGUGCUGCAAUAAUAACCAUCUUGGAAUUCUGGAAAGAGUCAUUCAGAUCACAGUAAAAGCAACCCCUUCUAAGAUAACAAAGUGCGGAGCUGGAUGAACACAGCAGGCCAAGCAGCAUCAAAGGAGCAGGAAGGCUGACGUUUCGGGUCUAGACCCUUCAGCAGAAAAGGGGGAGGGGGACUAGGCUUGAAAUGUCAGCUUUUGUGCUCCUAAGAUGCUGCUUCGCUUGGUGUGUUCAACCAGCUCUACAUCUUGUUAUUUUAGAUUCUCCAGCAUCUGAAGAAUCCCAUUAUCCCUUACUAUUCUAAUCCCAUUUUCUAGCACUUGGCCCAUAACCUUGUGUGCUUUGGUAUCACAAGUGCACAUCUAAAUACAUCUUAAAUGUUAUGGAGAUUUCUGUCUCUACCAGCCUUACAGGCAAUGAGUUCCAGAUUCCCACCAGCCUCUAAGUGAAAAUGUUCUUCCUCACAUCUCGACUAAACCUUCUGCCCUUUACCUUAAAUUUAUGCCCAUGAUCAUUGGUCCCUUCAAAAAGGAGAAAAGUUCCUUUCUGUCUACCUGUCUGUGCCACGUAUAAUUUAAUACAUUUUAAUCAUGGCCUCUCAGUCUGCUCUGUUCUGAGGAACACAACCCGUGUCUAUAGAAUUUCACAUCAAUAACUAAAACUGUCCAGCCGGGGCUACAUUCUGGUACAUCUCCUCUUCACCCUAUUCGGUGUUAUGACAUCUCUCCUAUAACAUUGAUUUUUCAACUGCACACAUAUAAAACCAAUGUCUUAUACAGCUUUUUACAGUUCCAGUAUCUCAUCCCUGCUUUUAAACUCCUAGCCUUGACUAAUAAAGGCAAGCAUCCUAUAUGCCUUCUUAACCACUUAUCCACCUGUCCUGAUACCUUAUGGGACUGGUGUACAUGCACAGUAAGUUCCCUCUGAACUUCAGUGCUUCCCAGGGUCCUACUAUGCAUUAUAUAUUCCCUUACCAAUUUCUUCUGCCCAAGUGCAUCACCUCUCAUUGAUCAAGGCUGAAUUCCAUUUGCCAUUGAUCAACCCAUCUGACCAGCCCGUCAACAUCCUUUUACAGUCUCAGGCUAUCCUUAUAAAUUUUCGCCAUCCCCCCACAAAUUUUUAUACAGGUAGCUCUGCUAUAAUGCAUAAAGUGAAUUGGCUGUAACAUGAUUUAUGAAUAGUGGAUUCUGUUUGGAUCACGCAAACUUUCUGCUGUACAGGCAUGACAAUUUUCCGUCAUGCGCGUUCAUGCAAGAAUACAACUACCAUGUUAUAGGAGAACAACCUAUAUUGUUUGUGAACUUAUUGAUCAGAUUUACUGAUCAAGUCAGUCUCCAUUUAUGUGUUACUCUUCUUUAUUCUUCCUGCCAAAGAGAAUAACUUCACAUUUUCCCACAUUACAGAUUUUUGCUCACUCACUCAACCUAUCUAAACCCAACUGCAACUUCCUAAGGAUUUUUUCACGACAUACUUUCCUACCCAUCUGUCUCAUUUGUGAAUUUUUCUACCCGUGGUAGAUAAAUCACUCAUCAAAGUCAUUAAUGUAAAUUGUAAAAUGUUGAGGACCCAGCAUAGAACCCUAUUGUACUCACUUGUCACGUGCUGUCAAUCAGAAAAAGACGCAUUUACGCAUUCUCUGUUGUCUGCCAGCCAGCCAGUCUUCUGUCUACACCAGUAUAUCACUUUUGACACUAUAAGCUUUCAUUUUCUGCAAUAAACCUUAGUAGAAAACAGACCCUUUGAUCCAAUUUGUCCAUGCUGACCAGAUAUCCUAAAUUAAUCUAGUCCCAUUUGGCCCAUAUCCCUCUAAACUCUUCCUAUUCAUAUACCCAACCAGAUGACUUUUAAAUAUUGUAAUUAUAUCAGCCUCCAUCACUUUGUCUGACAGCGCAUUCCACACACGCACCACCCUCUGCAUGAAAAAAUUGCCCCUUAGGUCCCUUUUAAAUCUUUUCCCCUCUCAACUUAAACCUAUGCUCUUUAGUUUUGGACUCCCCUGCCCUGAGGAAAAGACCUUGUCUAUUCACCCUAUCCAUGUACCUCAUGAUUCCAUAUAAUGUGGCACUUUUUGGAAGAUGAAUGAUUCAACAAAAUGCAUCAUCUUUCAGCAAUACACUUCAUAGUGGGAUAAAUUCAGAGCCGAGGACAGACAUUCUCCUCCAGAGACAAUGUUAGGGAGCUUCAUCACAUGCCUGAGAUAAUGGGAACUGCAGAUGCUGGAGAUUCCAAGCUAAUAAAAUGUGAGGCUGGACGAACACAGCAGGCCAAGCAGCAUCUCAGGAGCACAAAA